CAAGUGCUGGGACGAAAAGGCUACAGGGGCAUCUUAAAAAUCGGCAGAAUAUGGCUUUAAAAAGAAUAAACAAGGAGUUAUCAGACCUUGGCAGAGACCCCCCAGCCCAAUGCUCAGCAGGGCCAGUUGGAGAAGACUUGUUCCAUUGGCAAGCCACUAUAAUGGGCCCUCCUGAUAGUCCAUAUCAAGGGGGUGUGUUUUUUCUAACAAUACAGUUUCCUUCAGAUUAUCCAUUUAAGCCUCCAAAGGUGGCUUUCACAACCAAAAUAUACCACCCAAACAUCAACAGCAAUGGCAGUAUCUGUUUAGAUAUAUUGCGGUCACAGUGGUCUCCUGCAUUAACGAUUUCAAAAGUACUUCUAUCAAUAUGUUCCAUGUUAACGGAUCCAAACCCAGACGAUCCAUUAGUUCCAGAGAUAGCCAGAGUAUACAAACAAGACUUAAAAAGAUAUAAUGACACGGCAAAAGAUUGGACAAACAAGUACGCCAUGUGACCGAAUUUCUAUUUAAGCAAUUUACCUUUCGUCAUUGGUGUCCUUCCUUGGGAGGCUCAACUGUGUGUGUGUGUGUGUGUGUGUAGAAUCCCAAACUACAACUCUAAAGAACUGAGGAGUUUCAUCAUGUUACUCUGAAGUGAUUCAUUACAACCCUACCAUACAGUACACCUGUCCAGGAGAUAUUACUUGGGUGCCAAGUAUUAGACUUUUUACUCCAUCAUGGAAAUUUUUAUAUGGAGACUCUUUAGAUGUCUGUACAGAGCAACAGAAGCAAAUGUUUUUUGUAGCUGGGAUCUGUUAAGUGACUUAAGUGCCACUGUCCUUACUCAUCCAGCUUCACAAAUUAACGCACACACAAUUCUGACAUCCUUGAUCAACACAAAGCAAAUAGUGCUUGAGUAUUAAUUGCGUAUGAUAGUGACCAUGCUGUUAUGUCAAGGAAAAGUCUGACAGUUGCACUAGUCCAGAAUUGGUCGCAGAGAAGAUGUUGUACUGAUUGUAAGUACUUCUCUAAGUCAUUGAUAAGCAACUUCAUGUGCAGUUAAAUUAUAGUAGAAAAUAAUCUGUUAUUAUUCUGUUAUAUGAUACAUGUACUUUACCUGAGAUAUGAGUAAACAUCACUGUGAGACCUCAAAAACUUUAUUUCAACUUUUGAAAUGAGAGAAUUUAAGUAUGUGCUCAAAAUUUACCUCAAUUGCACAGACAUGACUCACUGGCAUUUAUUAAUGUUUUGAAUUAGGUGAAAAGAUUUUUACAUUGUGCAUAUAACGAUUUGUACGAAAUUUGACUGACUUUUAUAUUGUCUUGUUAUAAUGGUUAGAUUUCCAUGGAGAUUUUAUUGUUCUUUAACAUAAUAAAUAUAAAGUUUUAAGCAGUGUUCAUUAUUCAGGUGAAUUCACCCAAUCGAAAUCCUCAGAUCUCUUCAUGGCCAUCAAAUAAAAAAAGGGAACUUAUUUAAGAUAUAAACCAUUGAGAUUUUGAAUAUUUUCAAAAACUUUUCUUGUUAAAUUACAUGUAUGCUUGAAAAAUAUUUCAGUGAAUGCGCUUGUUAGGUUAAGGAGGGUACAUACAUGUACAUAUAUUUUUUCUUUGCCGUGUUAAGUUUGGUGGCAUUAGAGAGAUAGGCUAUGUGAUUUGUUCGUCAUGUUGAGUUUGAUGGCAUCAGAGAGAUAGGCUAUGUGAUUUGUUUGCCAUGUUGAGUUUGAUGGCAUCAGAGAGAUAGGCUAUGUGAUUUGUUUGCCAUGUUGAGUUUGGUGGCAUCAGAGAGAUAUGCUAUGUGAUUUGUUCGCCACAUUGAGUUUGGUGGCAUCAGAGAGAUAGGCUAUGUGAUUUGUUCGCCGUGUUGAGUUUGGUGGCAUCAGAGAGAUAGGCUAUGUGAUUUGUUCGCCACGUUGAGUUUGGUGACAUCAGAGAGAUAGGCCAUGUGAUUUGUUCGCCAUGUUCAGUUUGGUGGCAUCAGAGAG